UGUGGUUCGAAAGCCUGGUUGCAUGGUAUAUUUGCAAGUUUAACAUCAUUGUUUCCCCUACAUAUAUAGACAUCCAGGCUUGCUCAACACUAAGGAGACACUGUUUCCUGCUCUGUUAAAUCAUUCUCCCAGAUCUUUCUCAAACACAUACACUCUCAAUCUCUCUAUCUCUCUCUUCCCAAUACACAUCUCUUGAACAAUUAUCCAUCAUGUUCGGACCGGCUCAACUCGACGAAGCGACCAUAAAAUCUAUCGACUUCAACCGCAACUCCCGUCGCAUGCUCCAGGACAUGCGCGAAAAGACCUGGGGCUGGGUCGUCUACCGCACAACCUACCGCUCCGACCCCGCGUUCCACAAAGCAAUCGAAAUCCUCACUUCCUGGAUCAAGGCGGGAGUCUACGAAGAUCUUCACGAGUACGGCUUGGAAAACCCGGAUCCCACGCCCAACGAUCAGCUCUGGGCGCGCCACCAGCUGACCGUGAUCGAGGAGCCAGCCAUGCUGAACGAGGCUUCGUUUGACGCAGUGCGGAGGCAUUUUGAAGGCUGGGUAGAAGCUCAAGAUAAGCAAGAUGCAUGGAACAAGUAUCGCGCGUGCUUGGUGAUGGAUGAGGUGGCUGUCAAACGACUGGGCGAGGCAAUGAUGCCAGAGGAGCAUCGGGAGAAGCAUGGGGAGCGCUGUUAUGCAGAGCUGCGGAAAUGGUUUGUUCCAGCUGUGGAGGCAUUUCCAGAACUUGAAGAGGGAGAGAAGACUAAUUUUGAAGGGUGGAUGAAUUGUUCAGUCUUUAAUCUAAUACGGCUAUGGACGUCUUUGGGCGAUGGGAUGUACAUGGAAGAUGCCUCAAAUGAGGUCCAGGAUGGGGUGUACUGAGGGCGAGACCGGUAGGGUUGCUCAGCGCUGUAU